UUUGCAGUCUGCAGAGGAUGUCAUCCAUUAAAUUUACUUGCUGUGGCAUAAGGGUAUAUAAAGGGUAGAAAAACGGCUAUCACUGCACUACAGUUUUACCAGGCAUCUUAGUAAGAAAGUGAGCAACAGGAGAUUUCUGAAGCAAAACGGCAACCAUGGAACUGAACACUUUCCAAAAGCAGAAGAUCAAGUUCACAUUUGACUUCUUCUUAGACUAUAACAAAGACGGUGCCAUCCAAUGGGACGAUUUCCAAGAAAUGAUUAAGAGGUACAAGGAUGUUAACAAGGGAAGCCUGUCUGAUGCUGACUACAAGUUGAUGCUGGCCUCUCUUGAGGACGAAUGGAAGGACCUUAAGGCGCUCGCUCACGCCAAUGAGGAUCACCCUGUUCAUGCCAACGAGGAUCACGGUGCCCGUGUCCACGCCAACGAGGAUCACGGUGCCAGAGUUUAUGCCAACGAGGAUCACGGUGCCCGUGUCCACGUCAACGAGGAUCACGGUGCAAGAGUUUAUGCCAACGAGGAUCACGGUGCCCGUGUCCACGCCAACGAGGAUCACGGUGCCAGUGUCUCUUUCGAUGCCUACCUAGCGAUGUGGGAAAAGACACUCGCCACCUGCAAGUCCGUGUCUGACCUGCCCACUUGGUGCCAGAAAAUGAUCCCAAUUCUCUUCAAGGGCAUGGAUGUCAGCGGGGACGGUAUUGUUGACCUGGAGGAGUUCGGGAACUACUGCAAAAACUUCCAGCUCGACUGCGAAGAUGUCCCGGCUGUCUAUGACGUCAUCACUGACGGAGGCAAAGUGACGUUCGACAUGAACCGCUACAAGGAGCUGUACUUCCGUCUCCUGACGUCACCGUCUGCUGACGCCGGAAACGCCCUCAUGGGGAAGAAACCUUGAAGGAAUGUCUUCAUGUACCUGCAAGGAUACUUUCUGAAUUGAUGUUGAAAUAUAAUUUACAAACCCAUAAAAGUCCAGUUAACCAAAUUUUCGACUUUGCCAAAUAAUGAACCAUUCAAAGAUUCUGUGGCGUCGAAGGAACACGUGAUUCAGUGAGAAGUUGAUCGCAAGUUGUAGGGAGUCUAUGGCGCCCCUCGUCUUUGUUGGGGCUUCUUUUGUGGAAAAUUACAUUUCAACUAUGAUUCAGAAUGACAUCUAGAGUGACACAGUUCAAGUCAUGCAAAAAUACAUGUUUUCUCUUGUUUCUGUGUGGUUGAUAUACAUCACUUUUGCUUGAAAUUUGUAACUUACAUUCAACUAAAUUAAAAGCAAUAUUGUUAAUAUUACAUUUUCGACCGCCAAUACGUCGACUUUACUCAGUUGUGAUAUGAUUCAAUUACUCUGAGCAUGUGACCUGAAUCGUAAUUUUCUGACACGCGAUAUCGACCCCCGUUUCGGUAGAGUCACGUGUUCUAACUCAUAGAUUGUGUUAUGAACCCACUAAGAAACAACCGAGAGGGAAAUUUUCUUUUAGAAACCCUCCUACAAGAAAGUGUAAUAGUCUAGGAGAGAGCCUGAUUCUGAAAAAAAAAUGCCAUGCUUGGAGUCCUGGGAGAAGGAAUAAAGUCAUGUGAGCUCUA